UGAAGCGCUUCCUGGCCGACUUCACGCUGGGCUUCGCCGACGGGCUGACGGUGCCGUUCGCGCUCACGGCCGGCCUGUCGUCGCUGGGCGAGACUAGCACCGUCAUCUACGCCGGCAUGGCCGAGAUCUGCGCCGGCAGCAUCAGCAUGGGCAUCGGCGGCUACCUGGCGGCGCGCGGGUCUGGCGAGUCGCAGGCGCCAGACACUCUGUGCGGUAGCAGCAGCAGCAGCAGCCAUGGUGAUGACGACGUCGAGAAGCACCCUCUCUACCCGGCACCCCAAGAUUACGAGACUGCUGCUGAGACUGCGAGAGCCGCCGUAGUCGAGCACCUCGCGCUCCUGAGGCUGCCGCGCCACCUGGUCGAAGCAGCCUGGGCGCACGUGCGAGAGGACCUGCAAAGCCACGGAGGCGCAGAAGACGGUGCGGCUGUGUUGGUCGCGGCUCUAUCGCGGCGGAGCCAAACCGCCAACCCUCGCGAAGACGAGGCAGCAGCACUAGAGUCUGGGAGCUACUCGUCGGUGCACGCCGGGCUGUCUGUGUCGGCCGGGUACCUGACGGGCGGCAGCCUGCCGCUGUUCCCGUACUUUUUUGUGGCGUCCGUCGACGACGGGCUGCUGUGGAGCUUUCUCGUGUGCGUCGCGGCGCUGUUUGUGUUUGGUUUCGCGAAGCACUGCCUCCUGAGCGAGGCCAGUGCUGGAAAUGGUGGCAGCGGGGCUGGUGGUCGGCCGGCACUUGCGGUGGACUGGCGCAGGCUGCGAGGCGGUGUCUGGGAGGGCCUGAAGAUGGUCGUGCUCGGAAGCCUGGCCGCGCUGGCCGCCGUGCUCUGCGUACGUCUCUUUAGCGGCUUGUUGUAGACUUGCCCACCUAUUUAUUAGCAGACGAAACACACGCUUGUUGUCACGGCCAGCCCCGCCAGCAGUGCGACCUGAAAAACUGUCGAGGUAACGGGUUGUUUUUUCAAAGUCUGAGGGUCGAAGGCCUGAAAAACUGUCG